GGUCUGCAGUUGCCACCGAGUUGAUUUUAAGUAGCUGUUCACCACCAGCAAGCCAAGAGACAAACCAGCGAAGCAGCCAUGGACAACAAGAUCACGUUCUCCCUCCUGCUGCUAACUCUCACAGGCAUCUCUCAUGAGUCACUUCUGGGCGGAGAGUUGUGGUGUCAGUGUCUCCAGACUGUCCCGGGCUUGGUGUCACCGAAGCUCUUGGUUCAUGUGGAAAUCAUCCCCAAAGGCCCACAGUGCAGCACCAUGGAAGUCAUUGCGACACUGAAGACGAGCCAGCAAAUCUGUUUGGAUCCCCAGGCCAAAUGGGUGAAGAUGAUCAUUAACAGGAUUUUACGCAGCUCAUCCGGCAGGCCGCGCAAAUAGGAAAAGCAGAGAUAAUGCCUAUAACCCCAUGCGGAAUUCUCAGCCCUGAGGUAGCUCCAAGGGCCAGGCUGUUCAUCGUUUGUUUUACUCUUUCUUUCUCUGUCUGCACUGACGCUGCCUAUAUACAGACUGUUAGUUUGAGAAAGGAAGCUGCCGGAGUAAAUAUACCGUCGUGCUACCAGGAGACCUGAGUUUUAUGGCAUGAUCGUGCUGCGCGCUUUACUGUGGAGGCGUUUGGGGCUGAAUCCUGGGCUCAGUUCUGUCAACAGGAAACAGUCUCAUUGAUUUCAAAGGGUCAAGGAUUUGGCUCUGAUUGAAUUGGCCUUUACAGCAAUGUCAUCUGCGAGUCUCUCGUUGAAACGCUGGGCAGUGUCACAUUUAUUCGUGCAAGAGGGCUGUGAUAAUCACAGAAAAAAGAAUGAAGCAAAAGUAUACGUCGGAGUGUCCCAGAAUGCAAAAAAGAGUUUGUGUCUAUUGAUACAAUACCGUUAGUAGUAAGAAGCAAUGUCAUUGAUGAUUGUGAAAUAAUUGCACUAUUUAGAAUGUCCUCAGUAUUUUAAACGCUGAACUCUUGAUUUUA